GUGUGUUUUGCACCAAAUCACACACGUUUUGAAUGCCCAAACAUUGUUGCAGAUGGGCUUGUCAGGGUCUCGUCAACGGCAUGUCCCUCUGGCCAGCAGGGAAACUAAAUGGCCCGCAUGAGGUGGGGGGAGAUGCAGGGCCCAAUGAAAACCCCCAAGUAUUUGAUGUUGAUUUGGAAUCACUAUAUUCUACUGUGCGUGAGGAAUUUGACCAAAACAUGACUGUGAUAGUUCAAAACACACGAAAACUGUCAAUGCAUGAGGGAUUGUUUUAUACUGACGUUUGUUUGGAAAACACACUAACUGUUAAAGGUAUGAUAGAUUGUGGUUCUAUGGCUUGCACUGUGAGCCCUGGGGUUGUGUCUAAGUUAAAGGAUGCAGGAGUAGCCUUGACUGAUUCUGGAGGGUCGAAAACAAAACCUAGUGGGAUGUGUGACAUAAACAUGACUGUUUACGGGUGUACUGUUCAGGUUCCAACAUUGAUUGUUGACGGCCAAGAUGAUGACAUCAUUGUGGGUAGCAAUGUGAUAAAGUACCUGAUCAAAGAGUUGAAAAGUCGAGGAGAAUUGAUUAAAAGAAGGAUGUCUGUCAAUAAGGAUUCUGAGGAUAGUAAACUUAUUCAGUUGCUGGCUAAUGUGGAGAGGUGGAACGGAGCAGUCGUUCCUGGAAAGGUUGGGACAGUUAAACUGAAGAAUUCCGUAACACUUGAACCCUUAAAGGAGCAUUUAGUUUGGGCAAAGCUUUCUAAUCUAAACAAUUUGUCAGCAGGCAGUGCCAUCAUUGCAGAGCCGUGUGGAGCACGCUCCAGACCCAGAAAUAUCUUGAUUGGUCGUACAGUGGCAAGGUUGUGGGCUGAUGGAUGGGUGCCUGUUAAGGUAAUUAACCCUUCAUCGGUGCCCAUUACUCUCAGACGUAACGCAAAAUUGGCUGACAUUUAUCCAUGUUUGGCACUGGAAGACUUUGAUGAUGCAUGUGAAGGCGUCACAAAUGGAGGGUUAUUAUGCCCAAUCAGACAACAUACCAACAAUGUAGAGGUUCAUGACAAUUCAAGUGGUUGCAGUUUGUCUGACAUUGGUGUACCCAGGAGAGACUGUGAGUUCCAUGAUAGGUUAACGAAGCUGGGACUCGCAGGCAUUGAUUUGAGUUCCUGUCAUUUGUCUUCUGAUUGGAAAAAAAAACUUGUUGAUCUAAUUGAGAAGUAUGAAUGUAUUUUCUCUAAACACAGACUUGACUGCGGCAAAGUUGAGGGCUAUGUACAUCGGAUAAGGCUGAGUGAUGACCGUCCAUUUAGGCUUCCAUACAGACGACUUCCGCCUAAUCAGUACGAUAAGCUUAGGCAAGCCUUGGAUGAAAUGGAAGAGAGAGACAUUAUCAAGAGAUCUAGUAGCGAAUAUGCUUCACCUCUUGUUAUUGUUUGGAAGAGAAAUGGAGAUUUAAGACUUUGUACUGAUUUUAGGUGGCUCAAUGCUCGAACUAUAAAGGAUGCUCAUCCAUUACCACAUCAAGCCGAUGCUUUAGCUGCACUGGGUGGAAACAUUUUUUUUUCCACUAUGGACCUGACGUCCGGCUACUACAAUGUUGAAGUACAUGAGGAAGACCGAAAAUACACUGCUUUCACAUCGCCUUUUGGGUUAUAUGAGUAUAACCGUCUUCCUCAAGGACUUUGUAAUAGUCCAGCAACUUUUAUGAGAAUGAUGCUCGGAAUUUUUGGAGAUCAAAAUUUCUUGAGCCUUCUCUGUUACUUGGAUGACGUGCUUGUAUUUGCUCCGGAUGAGGAGUUGGGUUUAAAGAGAUUGGAGCUGGUUUUUGAGCGCCUGAAGUCUCAUAAUUUGAAGUUGGCUCCAGGGAAAUGUCAUUUUAUGCAAAGGUCAGUGAAGUUUCUUGGUCAUGUUGUCAGCGAGGCGGGUGUGGCUUCAGACCCUGAUAAAAUCAAGGUGAUUACUGAAAUGACAGAGUCGGAUCUUAUGGAUGACAAAACUGGUGCUCCAUCCCAACAAAAGAUACGUUCUUUCCUUGGGAUGGUAGUAUAUUAUCAGCAAUUUAUAGAACAGUGUUCAGUAAUUGCAAAACCACUGUUCCAGUUAACUGCUGGCGCUAAGGGUCAGAGAGGUAAAAAGGUUAAGAAGACUGUGUUGAAAAGAACACUUACUGCAGAGGAUUGGACUGAUGAUUGUAGGCAGGCAUUUUGUCGUCUUAAGCAGGCUCUGAUUGACUGUGUUUUAUUGGCUCAUCCUGAUUUUUAACAGGUCUUUCUUGGUUUCGGUGGACGCUUCCAGUAGUGGCCUAGGUGCUGUACUUUCACAAGUACCAGAAAAUGGGGAUAUGGCAAGGCCAGUUUGUUUUGCAUUGAAGUGGGCUGUAUGUGACAAAUUUAGUCACUGGCUGAGAGGUCGCCCCUUCACAGUAUGGACCGAUAACAACCCCCUGACAUAUAUUUUGACAAAACCAAAACUGGAUGCUUGCGAGCACAGGUGGGUUGCCAAGUUGGCGCCAUUCCAGUUUGAUAUUAAGUACAUACCUGGUUCAAGGAAUAUUGUGGCAGAUGCUCUUAGUAGAGAGCCAUUUGUAAAACAGAGCACUUUGCAUCGCCUUACUAGAGUACCGUACAAUUUGCUGUUGCAAGAUGCGUCAGCAGUCCAAGGGGAACAAGUGCAAGAGGUUUUCAGAUGGUCUGCACACCCUUUUGAGCCGAACACUGAGCCGGGUAUUGAGGCAAAAUGUGACAUGUUGGCAGUGCAUUCCCAAGCACCGGUAAGUAGGCCAUCUGGUUCUUGGUCUGUGAUGGAAGUGUCUGCGGUCAUGGAGGCAAAAAGGUCUAAUUUGGUAACCUCACAUUGUGACCUUUUGUUGCCUCAGUUGAUUCAUCUUGUUUUACCUACUGAUCAACCAAUAUUGAAGGGCCUGUCACGUGAAGAGUUGGCAGAUAGGCAGCGUACCGACAACAUAUUGGCUAGGGUGAUUUGUUAUGUAGAAAGGGGUAAGAAACCAUCUAGUCGUGAGCGUAAACAGGAGCCAGUGGAAGUUGUCAGGCUGCUUAGAUCCUGGAACAAGUUUGAGAUGAGAGCCGGGAUACUUUACAGGGUUUCUCGGGAUGUGGUGUCAAAGAAAAAGUCAUUCCAAUAUGUUGUCCCAAAAUCAUUGGUGGUGACUGUGUUGAAGGGGGUUCAUGAUGACGCUGGCCAUCAGGGCCAACAGAGGACAUUGUAUUUGGUGAGACAACGUUUUUUCUGGCACAAACUUGAAGCGGAUGUGAGAGAUUAUGUCAAAUGCUGCAAGAGGUGUGUUUACGGUAAAUCACCUGAGCCAGAGGCUAGGGCUCCUCUUGAAAACAUUAUGACAUCUGAACCCUUGGAACUUGUGUGUGUCGAUUUUUGGUCAGCUGAGGACAGCAGGAAUAAGUCAGUGGAUGUACUUGUUGUCACUGAUCAUUUUACUAAAAUGGCACAUGCUUUUCAUUGCCCAAACCAGUCAGCCAAAGCUGUAGCUAAGCAAUUAUGGAGCAAUUUUUUUUGUAUAUAUGGCUUUCCCAAACGCAUUCACUCCGAUCAGGGAGCAAAUUUUGAAAGUGCAUUGAUUUCUGAGCUGUUGUCAGUUGCAGGGGUGGAAAAGUCACACACCACUCCAUAUCACCCAAUGGGUAAUGGGGGUGUGGAAAGAUUUAAUAGGACACUUGGAAACAUGAUUCGAGCACUCCCCCCUGCAGCGAAGCAAAGGUGGCCUCGACUGCUUAAAUCUCUGACAUUUGCAUACAAUUGUACGAUUCAUGAGACCACUGGAUAUGCACCUUUUCAACUGAUGUUUGGCAGGACCCCGAGACUCCCAGUCGAUGUGGUGUUUGGGUCAGUUUUGCGAGAUAAUGAUGUUGUUGACUACAAUGAGUACGUUAGGGAAUUGAUGGAAGAUCUCAAACAAGCAGUGACGAUUGCGAGAAGGACUGCUGGAAAACAACUGAAAAGACAUGCUGCUCUUUAUAACAGAAAGCUCAAGGGUGCUCCAGUAGAUGUUGGGGACAGGGUUUUGUUGGCAAAUAAGGGUGAACGUGGCAAGCGAAAACUGUCCGAUCGCUGGGAGAGCAGUCUGUACAUUGUAGUAGACAAAAAUGUUGAAACAAAUACUUUCAAAAUUGAGAAUUCUUCCUCAGGCCAAGUGAAGAUUGUUCAUCGUAAUUUGAUCAUGCCUGUGAAUUUUUUGCCUUUCCCUGAUGAUGUUGCAGAGAGACCUGUGGGAGGGGAAAGGUGUGUUGGCGGUGACCAAACUCACACGCUAGAGCACUUGGAGAGAACAGUUGAUGAGAGAACAGUUGCAUGGGUUUCGGAGCUUGAAUCUUCAAGAGAUUCCAAAAAGGGGUCAGAGGUUUCGGAAAUUGGCAAUGGUGCACAAGAAUGGCUUGUGUGUCAUAAUGAUUCCGGUGACCCCGUGGUAUUGGCUGAGUUGGAAGACUCUGUUGGAUUUGCAUGUUCAAUUGACAAUGAAUCUGAUCUGGACAUGAAUUCGAAUUUGUCUGCAUUUGAUCUAUCAUCAGAUGUUGACUCUCAAAGCAAUGUAACUACUGUGGUGUCAGCUCAAUUUGACAGCAAAACUGAUGUUGGAGGUUUGAUGACUUCAGUUAGAUCAAGAGCUGGAAGAAUUAUCAGACCGGUGGUGAGGCUUAUAGAAACAAUGCAAGUACAAAAAGUAGACAAUAAGGUUAAUGCCCCUGUUUGGAUCUAAUUUGUUUUAUUACUACUUUUAUUGUUAUGCUUUUGUUUUUAUUUUAUUUUAUUUUUUUCUUAUUUAUUUAUUUAUUUAUUUUUUGAUCCUGUUGUUCUCCCAUUUAGUUUUUUUUUAUAUUGUGAAUGUAUUUGGUCUGUAUAUCAAGAUGUGAUUUUAAGGGACUGUUUCUAUGUUGAUUGAGUGUACUGAACAUGUAACAGGCAUGUUGACCUAUGAGUUUGGAGGGGCGUAGCUAACCCCUUCUCCUCUAAUUCUUUGUAAGAAUAGUCUAUGAACUGGAAUGCUCAUCAACAUUCUUAUCUUGGAUAUAUUCAAAUUGCAUCUUGUUUUGAUGUGUUUUUGUUUUGUCAAGGUGUAAAUUUAUAUAUUUCUGUUUUGUAUUCUGCAGUUAUUUGUACCUGAGUGUCAUUAGUAGUGAGUAUGUUAUGCCAUGGUAGGUUAGAAUUGUUGCAAGUGGAGUUCAGGAGGGGAGAAUGUAACAGAGUUAUAUACAAAGUGUGUCUCCACUUGCAAAUAAUGAUAUAUCAAAUAAUCACAUUUACAAAUGACUAGAUGGAAAAAUGUUUAUCAGAGCUUCCUAUUGGCUGGCUGGUUCUACGUGCUGUGUACGCCCCUGUUGCGUUCGUCAGUUCAUUUGUAAAAAGGCCAGUGGUAAGUUGUGUGUUUGGUAGCUCUGAAAUUCUGUCUGUUACUGUCUACAAAAUGUGUGAGACAUCAUGAGCAACAGCAUGUAUUCGAUAUCAAGACAAGUGCUAGACAUUGGGGAAGAGUGUAAAAGAUGUUUGUUUUAUUUUAGCGUGCCAGCACGAGGAGUGUCGAAUAUGCUGGAACUGAUCAACUCACUCUGUGUUAUCCUGUUUUCUCAGGUACAG